UCCACAACUACUGGUAACAGGCAGGGACUCAUUUCCAUCAUCGAGCAGCCAUGGUUGUAAGACGAGGCGGCCUAUUCUUGUCUCAGAUUGGGAGGAGACGACCCUUCCUUUUUGGCGUGGCUGUAUCAGCUGUGAAAACCUGCGCCUCGGACUUUUUUGCCCAGAAAGUGGUGGAGCAGCGUGAGCAGGUCGAUCUGCGCCGCAACUUUAUUUUCUUCAUGUGGGGCUUGCUUUACCUUGGAGGCGUGCAAUAUUUUGUCUAUGUGCACCUCUUCGCCCGGCGCUGGUUCCCGGACGCCAUGAGCUUCGCGGCCAAGAGCUGGCGAGAGAAGUUGGCCGAUCGCCAGGGACAGCGUACGGUGCUGAAGCAGGUGUUCUUGGAUCAGUUCGUGCAUCAUCCCUUCAUACUCUUCCCGGCCUUCUACCAGGUGAAGGAGUUCAUCGAGGGCGGCACAGCUUCUGAAGGUUGGCGAAAGUUUCGUCAGAAUCAAGUGGAAGAUCUCAAGCUCACCUGGUCUGUAUGGAUCCCUGUCUUUAUGCUGAACUUUUCCUUUAGUCCAAUUUGGAUGCGAGUGCCUGUUGUGGCCAUCGUUUCCUUCGGUUUUACUACAGCACUUUCUUGCCUUAGAGGUGCGCCAGAGACUGUUGAAUAGCUUUGCCAGGUGGGAACUGGCCAACUGAACAGCCAAAGAAGCUGAAGUCGAACGGGUUGGAAUUCAUUGGUGUCCUCGAAUUGGUACGAAAGGAGGCGUCUUGGCAGCGAGCCUAGUGCCUCACAAAGGUGGCGAAUGCCUCGAACUCUUUAUUUUUGGAGUCUCGAAUGCCUAGUGCUGAGUGUUUCGGUCUCCACACUCUAGCGAGAAGCGAAGAAAGACUCCUGGGGCAUUGAAAAGGACAUUUUCUGUGCCUGUAGCAUUUGCAACCUGUGUUGCUCACCAAGCAGCAAUUAGCAGCAUGUGGUCUACAGUUGAGCCUCGCAUGUGGAUGUCGAUUUCGGCAUCUUUUGUUCUCAAGCCAAGCAUCUCAGACAAGGUCAAAGCUGGUGG